AUGUCUCGUUCAGCAUCCGGUAGUGCUAACCGAAUUAAAACGAGUAAUGGUAAGAAAAAGAAAGAUACACCAGCGAUGAAAACAACGAAUGGAAACCACCAGAAAAAUGAGGAAAUAGAAGAAUCUUCGUCAAGCGACGACGAUGAUGAACCAAUUCGAGCCCCAAUGCAAUUGAAAAUUGAAUUUAUUAAUUCAAUUAUGUUUCGACAGUGGGAGCUGGCAAAGAAACUAUGUCAAUUUAUGCUAAUGUAUGAACCGGGCAAUGCUGAGGCUCAACAGUUUGCACCAUUGAUCGAUUAUAUGUUGGCUCAUGAACAAUCUUCAUCAUCUUCCUCAUCGGAUGAUGAUGACACGAACGAUGACGACGGUGAUGGUGACGAUUCGUCUGCGACUAGUGAUAGUAGUAGCUCCACUUCAUCAGAUAAUGAUGCAGAAGAAGAAGAGGAACAACAACAAGGAACUGAUACCGAUGAAGUUCAAGCGCCAAAACCAGUCAAUGCUUCUUUAUCGCGCAAAUGUCCGCAUCAUUAA